AUGGAAUUGUUAAACAGCGGUCUUCACUUUCCCGAUGGCCAGGUCAUCACAAUUGGAGAUGAACGAUUCAGUUGCCCUGAAGCCAAGUUCCAACCUUCUUUCCUUGGAAUGGAAUCUGCUGGUAUUCAUGAAACAACAUUCCACAGCAUUAUGAAAUGCGACGUUGAUAUCUGUAAGGUGUACGCUAACACAGUUUUGUCUGGUGGUUCAACCAUGUACCCAUGUAUUGCUGACCGCAUGCAGAAAGAAAUCACUGCCUUGGCUCCGUCUACAAUGAAGGUUAAGAUCAUCGCUCCACCUGAGAGGAAAUACUCCGUCUGGAUCGGUGGUUCUAUUCUUGCCUCCCUCUCCACUUUCCAACAGAUGUGGAUCAGUAAGCAGGAAUAUGACGAAUCUGGUCCUUCAAUUGUGCAUAGAAAAUGCUUUUAGUAUUUAGUUAAAACCUAACAAUUUUUCUAUUGCCCUUAAUAAUUUGCAAAUCAAGAACAUAGAUAGUUUAACUUUUUUAGU